ACGGGAAGUUGUGGAGCGCGCACGAUUUCGGACUGGACUUGGAUUCGGCUCGGCUCGGUCGUCGUCGGCUCGGUGGUUCGUUCGGUUAAACGAGGGCGCGCAAGCGAGGCGAGCAUUUGUUCUUUCGUUUGGGCGGGUGUACAUCGCGCUGUCGCUGUUGCUGCCUACGUCGCGGUGCGGUGUGGCACGACAGUGAAGGGUACUGUGAGUGGAAGACACGGCCGUGGCUGGCAAGCUUAGGCGGGCGUAGGCGAGGUUCCGUGACGGCGCUGUUCGGUGGCGCAGCAGAAAUUCCCCGGCACGGCUAGCGCGCGGGUUGGUCAACGGCGUGGUGUGCGUGCUCCGAGUCUCUGUCUCGUUCUCGCGCACGAAGCUUGUCGAAGUAUACACAACUGGCGGCGUGUACGUGUACGUGUUCGGUCGUGCGUAUGCGUAUCUGCCCCGAGAGUUCGUCCGCGCCUGGAUUUGCUGACAUGGCGUCCUAGUGCUACGUACGGGCGAAGUCGCACGUCUACUCGCGUACUGUCGCAAACGGAUCUCUACCCCUUUCUCUCACGCUGUGUCGUCGCCAUCGUCAUCAUUGUCGCUUCGUCCAUGCGUCGUGGUUGUUGUCGAGCGAGGAUGUCAAGGUUACGAGUGAAACAGACACGAUAAUCUCUGGCCGAUGAAGAGUAGAACAGUACGAAGACGAGUAGUAGAAGGAGCAGCAGUACGAGUAAGAGUGAGCGGCUUCGUCAUCGUAGAGGGUGGUGGCGGUGUGCAAAAGCAGGAAAAGAAACAGGGACGAAGUGGCGGCGGCAGCAGUGGCAGCGGCAACGGCGGCAACGCAGCGACAAGCCAUCAGGUCCCUCCAUGUUAGCGGAUAUCAACGGCAACCUGACGGACUUGAGAAGCGAAGCGAUGGCGUCGCAGAGGUUCUGUCUGCGCUGGAACAACCACCAGAGCAACAUGCUUUCCGUCUUUGAUCAGCUGUUACACGAUGAGUCCUUCGUCGAUGUUACGCUGGCCGUAGAGGGUCAGCUACUCAGGGCGCAUAAGAUGGUGCUGUCAGCGUGCAGUCCCUAUUUUCAGGCCUUGUUUGUCGGUCAUCCUGACAAGCACCCGAUAGUCAUCCUCAAGGAUGUUCCGUACGUGGACAUGCGCAGUCUUCUGGACUUUAUGUACCGUGGCGAGGUGAGCGUCGACCAAGAUCGGCUAACUGCCUUUCUUCGUGUAGCCGAAUCUCUAAGGAUAAAGGGCCUGACCGAGGUAAAUGAGGACAAAUGCGAUUUGCCGAGCAUUACGUCUUCGCUGCUGGGUGGCAGUCAGAACGCAGUGGCACCACCGCCACCCAGCCUUCAUCGGAUCAACCAAAUUGGUCCACAUCAUCACCAUGUAGCGCAGAAGAGAUUUCAUCACAUGUCCAAUCAUCCGUUACUUGGCUCAGCGCUCACGGCGCCUAAGAGGAAGCGUGGUAGGCCCAGAAAGCUGAGCGGUUCGUCAGACACGCCAAUCGGCGAAAUCGGUAGUCAGGAUUUGCAGUCUUGCUCGGGCGUUGAUCUGGUCCAGGGUUCGCCCGAAAUGAUGGAAAUGAAGAUGGGGCUGGACUUUCAGAGUGAAGUCAGCGGUAACAGCAACAUGAGGAGUGGCAGCAGCGCUGGCACCUCGUCCGCUAAUAACGUUGGCGCUAACUCUGCUGCCAACAAUUCUGCCACAGGCUCCUCCGGAUCGUCGUCGACGAGGAGAGACGAGCCCACAGAGAACGGCACCGACACGCCGGAGCCACCGGUUACGCGAGUCAAGCGGGAACCGGAACCAACACCGAGUACCUCGGCGCAAGCAUCGGAUGAGACAUUCGCGCGGCCGCACAGUAGACAAGGAAGUGAGGGUUUUAAGCAAGAACUGGAAGAAAUGUCGAGCGGCGGUGGCGACAGUGGAGACAUCCGGAUUAAUUUCGAGCGAUGCUUUCAUAAGGAGUUUAGCACGCUGCAGGGUAAGGCCACGUCGACCGCUGCCACAGUAGGUGGCACAGGCGACGAUCAGCUGCAGCAACACUCGGACACCGAGACAGAAACGAAGGCGGCGAUGUCGAAGGACAGCAUAAGUAGUGCCAUAUUUAGCGUGAUGGCUGGCGAGGCGGAAAUCAGCCAGAGCGAUUUCGAAGGCUCGUUCAAGGCCGAGAACGAGCGCACGGAGGGCUCGGUGCGAGACUUCUGCGUGAAGGAGGGCGACGUUUACCGGUGCACCGUGUGCCAUCGCACGUACACACACAUCAGCAAUUUCUGCCGGCACUACGUCACCUCGCACAAGCCUAACGUCAAGUACUACCCCUGCCCGGUCUGUUACAAGGAAUUCACCAGGAAAGACAACAUGGUCGCCCAUGUCAAAAUCAUACAUAGUCUUAAGCCGCAUAUGAGUCUCAGCACCAACAGUGGCAGUAGUAGUAGCAGCAGCAGCAUGGGUCAGCCGCGAUAGAACACUGACUGAGCACAAUCUUGUUUUGCUUUUUCCUUGAGCCGCGUUUCUUGGAUCUCGCGAGAUGUGACGACUUGUGACGCCAAAAAUGUCAUAAAUCCGUGGUAACGUAGUAUCACAUUGGAUUUUCAAUCUCUCCGGUGCUAAUGACGGUACAUCAUGUAUUGUUUUAAAAACAGUAAAGAUUUCCCAUCUAUGGGAUUGUCGCCACCAAACGCGUAGAUUCGUGAGAUUGUUAAAUUCAAAUCUCCGAUCAAAAUUUAACAUGCUAAACGCGACAAGUUGAAAAACUAUUUUAAUAGUUUUCAUUAUCUUUGAAUUUGAAUUUAAUACCAAAAUUUGAAAAGGUUUUUUACCGUUACCGACGAGCUUUGACCAUACCAGUGAUUAAUAAUAGCGAGAACUUGAGCACAAAAGUUCCAUAAAAUCCAUGGUGUCAUAGAUUGUUUUUUUUUUUUUCUUUUUUUAAUACAAAGAAUUUUAUUUUCUUCUCGGGAAGACAGGACCAAGAAACGUUCGGACGAGGAUAGGCAGAAGAGUCGAAGGGAAACGUGCGAGAAAGAUCGGUCGAAAUAUUUUGAAAGAAAGUCAGUGCGCUGCUGCGGGUGAAAAGAGAGGAGGGCGGUAGAUAAAUACGUGUAAGCGGUAGACAAGUGGCUAAUCUUACGGAACGUCUAGAAGGGAACGGAUACGCGAGGGAUAGAUGGGUGUGCAAUAUUCAAUGCUAACGUCAUCGUUGGAGUACGCGAUACUUGAUUUCCGCACGAGCCUUUCCCACAUGACUUUCCGGCGCGCGAAUCUUUGAUUGUCUCGAAUUUAGAGUGGGCGUAUUUUACAAAAUGUAUGUGCUAUUGUACUAACGUUAUGUGCAACGUUGCAUGAGAUUUUGAGUAUCAAAAUGGAGAAAGAGUUAUAUACUCAACAUGCGCUUUUCUAAUUUCAAUUUGCCGAAUCAUUUUAGAGACACAUUACUAUCGCUCAAACUGUUGACAGAGCUCUAUUUGGAUUGCAUCGACGCUGCGUAAUACGCGAGUACGAAGCGUGGGUCUGAGUCUAAUACACGAUCUACGACAAACUUUGGCAACUAUUGAUUGAUGCUUUUUUAACUUUAGACAAUUGCAAAAUUUUUUUUAAUCAUGAAGACUUUACUCUGAGACGCAGUGUAUCAUGUUAUUCAGAGAAUAUUUUAUGUUGUCCGGGAAGUUUUCUAGUUUUCCUCUAUAAAAUAAAUAAAAUAUAAAGAAAUGCUUUAGAAUGCUUGGGAAAAUUUUCAAAAAUUUGUUUCCGUGAAAAUAAAACUAAGAAAACUAUAAAACUUUCGAUACAAUCCGAUACAUUGUUUCCUAGAUGAAUGUUUUUAUGAUUGAAAAGAAAUCAAAUACCGAACAUUACUGAUUUCGGGUUUUCUAAAGGUUGACAAUAUUUUUCGUACUCUUUGCACGCGAUUGUCUAUAAUUCUCGUGAUUUUGCAAUUUUAUUCUUAUUUUUAGCCUUGGCUCUGAUCCUAAUUCCAAUGUUAGUUUUUAAUCGUCUUUAUCGAUCUCCGUGCCUUCGAGGACCCAUAACGCGCACGCUUCGCUAUUUCACAUCACGCAACGUUUCUCCGGAGAAUUGCAAUCUUGAGUACUCUGAGCAACGCCGGAAAUUCUAGAAACGAUUCGCGCGCACGUAACAAGCAACGGGCAUUAAAGUUACAAAAUGAACGAGCUUUAUGACGCUCGCUCCGAAGGGGCAAGGUGACUAUAAAAAUGGGGAAUAGAACAAAAAGAGGCUUUGCAUCGCAUCGUAAAAACAUAGAGUUUAUACAAAUUCAAUCGAUGCGCUUGUUGCGUCGUCUCAACGCGGUUCAGCGUCGUACAACGGGAGUACAAUGCAGUUGAAAAAAUAGAGAAAGAUUGGGGGGAGAGUACAUUUACUAUUGCCUGACUAUAUUACGUUGCAGAAAAAAUCAAAUACGCCAGCUCGGCGAUACAUUUUCACAAGAUGCGCGCACACGCGCGCGCGCGCGUUUUCGUCACCCCUAAAGAGAUGACAAAUGACAAAUUUGUGACGUGAUGUUCCUCAAAAUGUUUGUUUCCGAAAAAAAUACAAUAUCUUGUAUUUAAUUAUAAUUUAUCUCGAAUAUUAUUAAUUGCUACGUUAAGUUCGAAAUUUCGACUGCUUAUUUAAAUUCAGCAUUUUAUACAAUCUUAAAUAUACAAUCUACGUAGAGAUUUAAUCAUUUUUUUCAUUAAAAAUUAUCUUUGAUAAUGAAGCAUAUAUAUAUUUCGUAAUAGUUUUGGAGUUAAGAGAAAUGAUUUUAGAAUGAUAACGCUUGUAUAUAGGAAUAAAAAGAAUCGGACUUAUAGAUGAAAGUUGAGAAGAUUUUGAGGACACGUCGGUUACAUAUUACAGUAGUUUGUUGCGUAUAGUUGUUCGGACUAUUGAGAGAAACUUAACUGAACUCGUAGAAGACUAAUCACUUUCUCAUCUUCAUAUCUUAGAAGAAGGGUGACACACAGUGCGAGACGCGCUCGCGUGCACGCGCGGUGUAAGUAAUAAGGGAACUACGUAGACUGAGUAAAUGCAAUAUAUAUGUAUCGAUAACCGUUCGCCAUGUUGUUGUUGGGCCGUUUUUAUCGUAAAGAUAUUUGGAGCAGGGGGAUAAUAAGAAGAGAUAGGAAGACAGAAUGGAUGCGCAUUCUCGCAAAAGACUGCACAGGGACGGUUUUAACGACACCAAAUACAAGAUAGUACUGACAUUGGAUAGACUGAAGGCACCUUAGUAAUAACUUAACGCCGCCGCCAUGCCAUACCGUCUCGUCCGUUUGGUCGAAUCCGUUUUCCCGAUGUUCCUACCGAACAUCUGGAAGCUGAGAGCAGAACUUGGUCAAUCAAUCGAUGUAAAAAGGGUUGUGUAUAUCACUCAUAUUGAAUAGAACGGAACAAAAAUUACCUUACUUUAGGAGAUUUAAAGAAUCAUCAUGUAACGUAAACUAUAUUUAUUCUGAUAUGCAGUUGUGAAUUCUGCUAUGAUUGAAAGGGAAGAUAUCGAAAAAGAAAACUUGAUAGCGUUUAUUGCAUUUCUUUUGGAUACAUUAAUAAGUGUUUUUAUGACUGUCUUAUCUUUUUAUCUAAUUUAAGACACUCCGAGAGAGAUGACAUUACUUAAAUUGUUAUGUCUUUAGUUAGAAAGACGUAUUUUACAUAUUGCUUAUCGUUGCCAUUGAAAUGGUCACUGAAGUUACCAAAUUUGUCGAUUGAAAAUUUGUCUUUGAUCAUUUCUGCGAAUUUGAUUUCGAGCAAAGUAGUAGUUUCGAGUUAAUGUUUACUAUACUUUUUUGUCAAUUUUAUGUUCAAUUAAUUUUCGAAAUUUCUCCUAAAUUUACUAAAUUAUCGAGCUUUGUAAUGCAUCUAUGUUAAAUAUUGAGUUUAUAUUAUUUUUACAGAUAAUAUAGUUGAAAAUGUACAAUUCUAUGUAUUUGUUAUUUUACUGUUUACAAUUUUAUCAUCUUGACAAUCAAAUGUAAAAGUUAGAAGAAGCAAUAAUACGUGUAAUAGUAAAAAAAAAUAUCAUUCUGCUGUUUUUCCACUUCGCGGAAAAACUCGGCGCCGAAUUUCCAUUGUCCACGAUGCUCGAAUUGCAAGUAACGUCAUCGACCGAAACGGGCCGCGCGGUGGAGCGAUAAUGGCGGUUAGAGGCUUAGUUGCGAGAGAGAGCACUAAAAAAAAAUAUGAGAUCGUAGCUUACUAUAUUUUGCACCUUACACACUCCGUCGAGCGCCCUCCCCUGCGCGAGAGGAGCGAGACGAUUUGUAUACAAAUUUUUCACUAGCUGGGCAUAGACAUUAGACGACUAGAGGCUACAUAAUUAAUAAUUAUAACUAUUAUUAUUAUUAUUAUUAUCGCUACUAUUAGCUAUAUUGCAAAUAACGGAGACCUUCGUUGUUACUUUAACGCGUAGCGGGAUCGAACGGAAUCCUUCGCCUCGCGCGAUAUCGACCAGUGUUGUUCGUUUGUUAUUCGAGAGGUAUCUAGCGUUGCAAUAAUAAUAAAAAAAAAAACUAUAGUCGUAAGAGCGUCGGAUCGUCGCCGCGAGCGAUCGUGAGUCCCGUGAACACGAUCUCUCUGGAAUAAGUGCUCUCGCUUGUUUCGCAUCAAAGAGACCAAACGUUGAUGCGUCAAAUUUUAUUAGGACAUUCUCCAAAAUUAUAAGCUUUAAAUAUAUAUGGUGUGGCUAAAAAGUUACGGGAUUGAAAAGAAACACCAAAAGUUUAUAACAAGAUUUUAUCGCUUUUAAUAUUUGAUAUAACGCUCACGGUUUCGUUCGGUCAACACACUCGAUAAGAUAACGAUAUAAAGUGCCUGAAAAUUUGUUUGAAAAUUUUCUUUCAAUAUCUUCUUCCAUUCGUUGAUUACAUCUCUUCGAAUAUUUUUAACAUCUUCAUAUCGCUCUACUUUCAGGCGCAGUUUAACUUAACGAUCGAAUAUUUAUCAGAUUUGAUUCCAAUCGAUUAUAUUUCGUUUCCACACACGAAAUAUCCAGCGCAAAAUUUGUGGGCGUUUGCUCGAAAUUAGAAUACUAUCUUUUGAGGAAAACAUAUUCACAAUGUUGGAACGUUUCUUUGUGAAAUUGUAAUUGAACUUACUCGGAUAGUUGAGGAGUAUUAUACUUUCAAGUCACUGAGAGCACUCACUCCGCGUUAUUUUUCACGGGGCCCAAUGAGAUCACGCCGCGAUUUGAGCGAACUUUUAUAGGCGAAUAGAGAGUUCUAUAAUACUAGAUAGGCAGAGGCAGCAAAGAUAUAGCGAAGUAGAGGUAAAACGGUGAAAGGGACGAGGAUUUGUUGCGAUAGGAAAACGGCGAAAAAUUGUUUCGUUAUUAAGGGAGGAGGAAUGGAUGAUGGGCCGUGCCGUGGAUUUUCGCGCACUCAGGUCAAUUAUCCGCAAUAUUAUUCGAAACUUCGAAUGGACCAAAGAGCUACUUACCGACCCUUGUAGAUUAUUUAUAUCCCGAGAGAAAAUACGAAGAAGAUGUCUUAGAGAAAUCUCGCGCGAGCUUCAAAGGUCCAGAAAUACGAGCGCUAUAGUAAAUUUUUUAACAAAUUAUAUACAAUUUAUAAAGAACGAGUCCAAUAAUGUCGCAAUUCAAACCGAGAAAGAUAACAACAUUUUCAUCUUCUUGUCAACAACGUAUAUUUGUUAUAUUAUCAUUAAAAAAAUAUGUUUACGUAUAGAAUUUAUGUAUAGAUAUUUUUGGGAAACAUGGAAUUUAUAGAUUUUUGGUAGUAGCUGAAAUCGAAUUUUAGUUGUCAAAAUUUUCCAACUGAAUAUAACAGACGCAAGAAAGAUUAUUUUAUUCUUAUCAGAUUUGAUUUCUAAGAGUUUUUACGAUCUUUGAAUUUGACAUAAAAAUUUUGAAAUUUAAUUCAAUCAUCGAUUAGUUUGAUAAAAUCAAAUUGUACAAUAUUCCACAUUUUUAUAUCUAUACGUAUGUUAAAUCAUCCGAAAAGUCCGUAGCGUUUUUAUAAAAUGAAAGACAUACUUGACGCUACAUACUUGAAAAUUUGGAUAAUCUAAUCGAAAAUUUUAAGCUCUGAAAAAACGAAAAUGCCAAGUAUUUCUGAGAUCGAGGAAUUUCGUGCCAUCAGGUCAAUUAUUAUCCGCAAUAUUUGAAACUUGGAUGGACCAAAGAGCAUCUAAAGACUCUGAUAAGAUUCUCGUAAGAAAAAUCGCGCGGGGGUUAGUGAGGCGAUCGCGAUACGAUUUUACGGUGGGUUGUCACAAGCCCGUUUAACAUAUGUGUGCGCGCGCUAUGACACGGCGGAAGGAUCUAGGAGGUGGGUUUUCACAAAAAAAGAGAAGGCACAAAGCAUGUGCAAAGAGGCAGCGGUUAGACAGCUUAUAUCGAUUUUUUUAGAAAAGGGAGGCAAGCAAAUAAUGUAAUUAAAUACACUCACAUUUGAUAAUCACUGAGAGGCUAAGACUAACUCAAUUAAUUAAAGGGUGGGCAAGAUGAAAUGGAUUAUCGCUCGAAGAUGAAAAGGUCACCGGGGGAGAAAGCGCCUGCAGGCUUUUUUUAAUUCGUACUCGAUAAUUUUUCGGGAAAGGAUUUUUUGGGGCGUUGCAAUUUUUCUUCAAAUUCGAGUCAGUCAAUUUUGUUAAAUCGAACAUUUAUCGUUAUUGUUGCGUUGUUCCACGAGUUUAAAACCUGCAGAGCUUUUGACGGUGUUUACAGCUUUUGAGAGUCAUCAUUUUAUCAAUCUGUACAAUAAAUUCUUCUCAAUUUGGUUCACCCAAGUCGAUGUCUGCGUGAGAAGCGCGAAAAAAGGGUGUGAGAACUGGAGAUUGUUGUACCUUUGGUACGAUUUAUCGUUCUCACAUUUUUCUAGUUUUCUCUUUCGCACUUUUUUGAAAUAUCUGCAUAUACCAAAGGAUUACGAAUUUAUAAAUGUAGUAGUUUAUGUCACUUAUAAAAUAUUUGCUAUCCCGAUUACAUUUUUAGCUGGAAUUUAGCUCGGUCUUUUUGAUUUACAGGAUGUUCUAAAAUUUUUUACAAGAUUUUAAAAAUUGUAUAUUAUCACCACAAAAUUAAAAAAGUAAUUUUUAGAU